AUGGCGGCUCAGGAAGAGAUCGAGGACCAAGAAUCAGUCACCAACUUAGAUAACGGCGAAAUCUUAGAUUCUCUUUCCGAUUCUCCACUCGCCGGAAACAUCACCGGAGACUCGUCGACGGUUCUUCUCCGAGAAGGAAGCUUCGAACACGACGUCAUCGCAAACUGUUUAAUCUCCGGGAUGGGUCCUUUAGCCAUCGACACAAAGAUCGUCACGGUGCGUAAAAACUCCAUAGAAAGUUUCACCAAGAAAGCAAGAUUCGCUGCGUUUAGGGUUUUCACAGAAGCUAUGGCUAGUAAAAACGGUGGAAACGCAAACGUGAAAUACGGAUGGUACUCUGGUUCCAAAGAAGAGAUCGAACGUAUCGUUUCUUAUGGAUUUAGCAAUCGAGAAAUUACUGGACCACCUCACGGUGUUGGAAUCCAUCUGAUUCAUCAUAGAUGCUCACUUGCUGCGGCUGUAGUUGGUGAAGCUGAUGAUGAAGAAGGGUUAAAACAUCUUCUCUUAUGUCGUUUGAUUCUUGGGAAACCAGAGAUGAUUAGCUCUGGUUCUAACCAAUCGUGUCCAAGCUCGAACCAGUUUGAUUCUGGUGUGGAUAAUCUUGAGAAUCCAAGGAAGUAUGUGAUUUGGAGCUCUACAAUGAAUUCUUACAUACUCCCGAGUUAUGUCGUAAGUUUUAAAUCUCCUAGACUUAGAGGUCUUAGAAGAAGUGGUGGUUCAGGAAGAGGAACGUCUCCAUGUGUUAGCUUGACCGUUCUCAUGUCUAUACUUUCAAAGUCACUAAACCCUUCAAGAAUGAAUGUGAUCUUGAGGACUUAUGACGAUUUUCGGAAAAGGAAGCUAAGGAGAGAGGAGCUAAUUAGGAAGAUGAGAGAAGGGUAA